AUGGAGCCAGUUGAGGAUAUCACUGACUUGAGCUGUGAACCGAGUGAACAAGCCACCUUGAUGCCGCCAUUUAUCGGCCCUCAGUCCAUAGACCUACUAGGAUGGAUAACCGGCUAUUUGAGAGAAUCCAGCUUGCCACCUGAAGUCCAUCCUGCGGUUGCAGAGGCGAGUCGUAUUGUCCUGGCUUCUGACAAGGUUUCGGAGGAGCUACUCGACGGCAGCCCCAUGGGGAGUUCCCAAGCCCCAAACAUUGGAGAGUUCGGUCUCCAAAAAAGCCUUGCUGACCUUGAAGCUAAGCACGGAAAGAAUGCAAACGAUUCAAGGUAUCAAUUUUAUGAUUCGGUACAUAUACCCGACGAUGAAACAAGACCAAACACGGCCAGAAGAUCACGCCCUAGAGCCAAACAAAGCGACUGCAGCAAAAGCACCGAUUCCACCAAAUUCAAUCCAGGGACAGCGCCAGAUGAAAAAGGCCCUAUGCUGCUCAAAACUGUGGAAGAUGCUAUACAACGGUUGAUUGUACCUGAACUCAAUGUAAAACACGAGAAAGCUCAGCUAGGACGCCGUUUCACUGGAGAAGAAGUCUCUCGCUACAUGAGCUCUUGCUAA